CAGUGUUUAUUUCCAGGAUAGCUUUCCCCUCUUCAUUUAUUUCCCUACCUAUAGCUAACCACCUAAAGAGGGGGAAUGUAAUAAUUAACAACUUGACAAGAAAGCGACUCGUAGAUGGAAAACGCCGAACGGCACUUUCACGAGCCAAAAUACAAAGAAGCGCCCGUUGCAUCGACCGAUUGCAUCACAGCGUUACUGCCCCGCCAUCGCUGCCUGUCUUUCCCCCCUCCAUACCGACUCGAGUCGUAUCCCGGACUUAAUCCACACGUCUUCUUUGUCCUGCAUCCCCGUCGUCCCAUCUCGACUUCUCUUCAUCUUGUGUGUGCUCGACUCAGUAGUCCUCUACAGUCCACCAGACUGUCCCGACCGCGCGCACACCGUACCCAGUCACACGCUUCUUCAGCAGCGGCCUCCCGCGUCUGAACAGUCGGUUUGCGCUACCGUGAUAAUCAUUGCCGCAAUCACGCCCAGCCCAUUCAUCCGCCUUCACAUCACAUCAUAUCGCCAGCGGUCGCACCCACCCAGCCAGUCCGCCUGUCUGGUACGUUACGUUGCCAUUCUCCCCCCUGUCCUCGUACCCUUUUUAUCCAGAAAGUCUCGGCAGA